AUGCACAGAAAAGCAAGGUUAGCCAAUUUACUUUUAAAUACUCUUAAACCCAACGAUAAAUAUAUUAGGUCUAAUCAAAAAUUCAAGAAAUUCCAAAUAUACUCUCGUAAUCAUCAACAAUUGCAUUCUCCUAUCAAUCAUCCUACACCUCAACAAACAUCAACUCCUCGCUCACCAGUUGAAAUCAAAGAUUGUUCUAAAAACAAGAAAAUAUCGUCCAUGUAUUCGCAAAAUUAACAUCCAAAAAAAUCAAAUACCUACUUUUUAAAUAUACUUAAAACAUAAUUGACACGAAUAGAUAAAAACAUAAAUUAAUUAAUUCAAACUAGUAGAUAACAAAUCACUGAACCAGAUGAUCUUAACAUUACUUCAAAAAGAACCAAAUAAACUAUUAUUAAAACAAUUAAAAAUCAUCCUCCAUACAAAUCUGAAGAUAGUAUCGCCCUAAAUAAACGUAUUCUUCCUCAAAUAAAAAAGCAUACUCCACCUAGCAAUCUUUUAGCAAGAACUUAAUUACGCCUAUCUAGAUUUGCUGUCCAUUGUAUUAAUUGA